CGAGAGUCGGUUGACAUGAGAUUGUUAUGGAGCGGCUCACGUGUCCUACCUACAUAUCACCCGUGUUUGCGUAUGUAAAAUUAUUUGUUGAUUUUGGAUUAAAAUAUCGGUAUACUAGCAAGUAUUGGUGAAGCACGUGCACUUGGUGCAUGAAAACGCGGUGGAAAUUCUAGCGUCAUCAGGAUCUGUUGACAUUUUGUGAACUUCGAGAUCGAGAGUAUGGCUGAACUGAUACAUGUAACGUUAACGUUAUUUGCAAUUUGAUACAAUGUUUUGAAUUUAGAAUAAAAUUGCCCGAUCAGCCCUCAGACUCACAAAUUUGAACUUUUCUAUGUGUAGAUACAUAGGCCUAUCAAAGCAAUGUAAAAGCCUCUACUUGUACAAAUGUUAGUUAUUUUAGUCUACAGCUUUUGGAUCUGAAUUGAUAACACAAAGUAAGUAAAUGUAUAUCUCGCUAAAUUGAAGAAAGUGGAAUCUUUCUGGAUCACAAACAGCCUUACCUUUUGUUUUGAAGUUUCUAAAUGUAGACUGAAGUUGAUGCCAGCAUGUGGAAGUAUCAGCAUCCUGACUUUGCAUUAUUCCUACUUGGUGAACUUCAGAAGCAGCAGCAGGGAAGCAUCUUCUGUGACACUCUUCUACAGACAGAGGGUGUCUGUGUUCCUGCUCACAGCUGUGUGUUAGCUGCUCUAAGCCCCAUCUUCUCAAGAAUCCUUUCCACUUCAUCUGCACCACAUGCAGGGCAGAACAGGCUUCUGAGCCUUGAGGCUGUAGGAUCUCAUGCCUUACUGAAGCUAGUUGGGUUUCUGUACUCCGGUGAAAUGGAGAUCGAGAGUCGGAGCGAACAUGAGGAAGUAAUGGCUGCUGCCCACAGACUUGGACUUAGAAACCUUUUUGCAAAAAAGAGAGCGUUGUGGGUAGACAGAGGAGUUGUGGAUGUUGGGAGUUGUUGUAAAGAGACUGGUGUACGGACAGAAGACAGCGUGAAGAGCCAGGAGAGUGAAAUCGUUUCUGAACCUUUGAAGAUACAGAGCAGUACUGCUUCAGUGACUUCAGUGCAACCUUGUGGCUUGUUGGGGCCUGAUUUGCCACCAUCGCAGUUUUCGGAAGAAAUUAGUCCAACUAGAGGUUUAAAUUUGAACGGUAAUGCCUCAGUUCCUUCCCUCGCUGACAUGACAGAAGCAUCGAUAUCAGACCAUCAUAAAACAAAGUCUAAGAGGAAGUGGAAAAUGGCAAAGAGAGAAAGCCAAUUAAAAAAAAUAACUCGUCAACAAAACCAGAUAAAGCUUCUUAAUGUUGAAGGGAACAAAUCAAACCAAAUUGGAGUGGUGGAAAAAAGAAGGAAUGUCUCAGGCAAAGACUUCCAAAAGCUUUUAGAGGCCGAUAACGGACAAAAAAACACUGCUACUGAACAGAAAGAGGCCAAACUGGACCAGCUUAAAGUAAAGAUAAAACUGAGCAGAAGGAGUGGAGCUUGCUGGGAAAGUAAUCUCCUCGUUUCCGUCCAGGGUGAAAGUGAGAAGAAGCCAGAAGAAGCAAAAGAGUGUGGACCUCGAACUCAGAGCUGCCCAUCUAGUGUGAUUCCUGGUCAAAGUCUUGGAAGUCUCACCACACAGACGGACCUGCCCAUUUCCCCCUCUAAUUCCUCCACACAUGCCUCUUCAGAUAAAAGUGUUCGUAAUCCACAUCACAUUUCUGUCUCUUCCCCUUUGGAUAUACCAACAUUAUCUUCCAGCCCUCCCCAAGCAGACGAAUCGGAUGAGCAUAUUGCAAUGCUCUUGGAGGAUAUGUUCAUGAUGGGUUUAAACAUCCUUCCGUUGGUGCCAUUAGACAGAAAUCUGAAUGAGCAAGAUCAGCCAGGUCCUUCUCAAGAACAAAAAGAUGGGCAAAAGGGCACUGAGGCCUCUACUCAAGGUCCCUCUCUUUUUGUGCAAAGUUGUGGGCCAGAGAUGAGGGAAUCUGGUGUUAGCAAGACAGCAAUACCAGUUGGGUCUUCAGGACAAAAAGAUGAAGACCACUCAGACUUUCACAGUCAGUCAAGUUCCAAUACAGUCGCACUCCUGACUCAGUCACCUAAACAGGACCACUUGAACCAAGUUCAGAAUCGGGCAACUGCGUCAAGAAACUCUCCCCCAUCACUUAUAGAAGGCUUGAGUUUAAUUCCAAAAGCCACAGCUGUCCCAAACUCUGUUGCAACUGGUGAAAUGCCUAGCCUUGUUAUGACCAGCAUACCUGAGGAUAGGCCAGAUUUAACACUACUACAAUGCCUUUCCCCCCUUGAAUCAGAAAAAGAAGACAGUGAUGUUCCAUCAAAACCAUCACACAGACAAGACUCUGAAACACAAAACCUUCCCUUGUGGCUUUCUGAAUCACCACUGAUAUUGGACUUCCCUCUAAGCUCAAUGAUUGGCAAUUCCUGCCCACGUCCACAGCAUGACCUCAACGCCUGCAAAAAUCGAUCAUGCCCUGACCUUCUAGAAUGUCAAGAAUUAAAGACUUCCUUUUCACAUAAUAAUUUGAUCAGUGGGAGUAGCUCAAACUUCAUUCAGCCUGGUGUGAGCGAUGCUAGUGAGCAUCCUAAACAGAGAAAGACGAGAAAACGUAAGAUUGCAACUCAAAAGUCAGGAGUGAAAGGGAAAACGGAGCGCCAAAACCUAAAAAAUGGGGAUGAGGUUCAACCAAGGAUAUCCAAAUGUGCUGAGCCCCACUCUGGAGACAUUAAGCCAUCAAAUUCUGACACAUGUGGAGUCAGUACCCGAAUGACCAGUGCAAGCACAAGAGUACCUGUAGCUAUGAAGAGAAGACGAGAAAUUACUUCACCUCUCAGUAAGAAAAUGGCUCUGUUAGACGCCGCCAGUAAACAACAUCUCACUGGUGUUGUAAAACGUGGUCGUGGCAGACCACCUAAACAACAUCUCACCGGUGUUGUAAAACGUGGUCGUGGCAGACCACCUAAAUCAGAAAAAACUCCUGUAGCUCACUUGGGUAACAAUGCAAAGGAAAUGCCCAGUUCAGGCCAAGAUGAUUGUGAAGUGGAAAAAACUAAGAUGGACAAUACGAUUGAACAGGGUAGUAAGCAAGAACCAAAUCCACAGCAGGAGAAAGACUCUACAAAAAUGGAAGAAGCCGAUGUUAACGGCAAUUUAGCACAGGCAACGCCGAAUUCUCACUUGAAAUAUGCUGGCCAGGCGAAGGGACCAAGUAUCCUUCAUCAAAUUUUCCACCAGGCUCAUUCAAGUGUUGCAAGCCAGCGAGACUCGUCUUUUAGCCUUCAAAAAUUCCAAGGAGGAAAAAGUUAUAAUGUUAACAGUAAAUCAGUGAUGAAUAGCAGUAAACAGAUCAAAAAGGCAGAGAUGUCUACGCUGAUAAAUGAAAAGAAAGACGUGGAGGUAUCUGACAAUCAUGCAAGGUCACCGUUGUCAUGUGGAGACAUGCUAGAUAAUGUGAAAUAUUCAGGUAAAGACGAAGAUAUUUCCAUGGAGGAGGGCUCAAGUAGAACAACCACUGUUUUACAGAAUGGUAAUUCCCAAAAUGAGAUGGGGAAAGACAUUCAGGACCAUACAACUGAGAUUUCUGUCCUGUUAACAUCUGAGAAGGAAAAAGUGAAGGACGCCAUGUCACCUGAUGGGGAUAUUGAUGAUGCUGAUCAUGAUUGUUCUCCCACAAAGACGGACUGUGUUGUUACUACCAAUGAAGUGACAGUGAUGGAGGGAAUAGAAAUGAAUUUCUGUUUGAAUCCUGAUAUUACACAAGCAGAACAUGUCAAAAAUUACUUGGAAACUACAGUUUCUAAUGAGCAUUCAUUUGAGAGGACAUCAGAUAGUGAAAAGAAAGUUCAGGCAGCACGUGGUUGUGGUGUUGACACUCUGGAUAUUGACUGGGUGACCGAUUGUUUGGAGAACAAUGAAGAAACGGAUUUAGGUUGGAACAAAGACGAUCAGAUGAUUGAAGAAACAGGAGAAGAAACUGAAGAUCUAAGAGGACAUACAUUUGUAGAGGAAAACGAGGGACAUUGGGGAACCACCAAGGGGUCGGAUGAUGAUUAUAUUGAUGUGGAGGGGGUCCAAUACAGUGCUGAGGUGUUCGAUGGACAGACCUUUUUGGAGGAAGAGGAAUUGAUUCAAGGACACAUCGCAAGUGCUAAGACUGCAGAUGAUCCAUCAAAAGGAGCUUUUCCUCAAGAAAUAAGCACAGAUGCUCCUUCUGUCCAAACUGAAGGUUCAAAGUUCCACUGCCCCAAUGUGUGCAAUGAAGAUGUCUCAAUGAUGCUGUCCGUUGGGGGCGAAUCAGAAUCAAAAGAUGACUGCCACUUAGAUGAAGAAGACAUUGAAGUAGAUGUUGUAGGGGAUUCUGUAGAAGAGUUUCCAUUAGGGCUUUUGGCUGCUGGACAGGUUGUCACUUUGCCUGUUGUGGGUCUUCUGGACCAAGAGGACGAGUUGGAUACCACUGAAGAAGAGGAGGUAGAUGUCACUGGUGAAGAGACGGAAUAAAAUUUUAUGUUUAUGUUAAGCGUACAUGUUUCACAUUUUGAAGUCAAUAGCAGAUGUUUGAAAGUUCUCAAAACCUAAAGUUUAACACAUCCAAUGGUGAGAAAUCUCUCUUUUUUUGUCAGUUUGAUGUUACUGAAGUGAAUUGGCAUCUUAAUUUAUUUUUGACUGUCUCAUA